UAGUGGCCGCUCAAGGCUCCAAUCUGUAACAGUGUUCAGGGCGGGGUUGCAGAGUCGCACGCUCUCCUCUUCAAGUGCGCAUGGUUCUCCCAUAUCCUCAACGUCAACUCAGCAAUCCUAAAUCACAGUGGCUCUUCAUUCCUAGCUGAUCUUGCAACGAGUUCGAGGGAAAUUCCGCCUCCAGAUGGCACGGCGAGGGCUGUUUUCCACACUCCUCGGGGUCUUCAAGCCAGGCGGCCCAAAAGCAGACAUUCACACCGCCAGUUUCAAAGUCCACUUCCAACUUACACCCAAGCUAAUGUUUAGUUUUCUUCUGCUGGUGAUUGCAUAUAAUCUCUUUAGUGCUCCUAUAAGGUGUUUCGGCCGCGGCCUCAAUUUCAAGGAAGAGGCUCUCAACGAUUAUUGCUGGACGCAGAACACUUUCCUAAGACAGCAAAGGAGAGAUGACCCACACCCUUUCCUUACAAACGAUGACUCGGAACAGAUAUAUUUUCGCGCUCACUCCCAGCUGGUACCGUUAGUACUGUUCUUGCAGGGACUGGUGUUUUGCAUACCGAACUGGCUAUGGAAGUGUUGCGAAGGAGGAAAGCUCCGGUCCCUCUCCGUUCCCUUUCUGGACACGGAGAUGCGCCUCCAGAAGACCCAGGCCCUCGCCAAGUACCUCCACACCUCGCUCCAUCAACACACCUCUUAUGCCAUCAGCUACUUCGUCUGUGACAUGUUAAACCUGGUCUUCUGCUUCUUCAACUUGUGGUUCAUGGACAUGUUUCUCGGCGAGGUGUUCUUCGCCCGCGGGCUGAGCGUCAUGGACCUCUUUCGGGACAGCGAGGAUGCAAAGGAAGCAACCGCCAUGACUUUCCCAAGAACCUCUAAGUGCCAGUUUUACAUCUUUGGGAAUUCGGGCGCCGUAGAGAGAUACGAUCUGAUAUGCACUCUGACCCACAGCGCUAUGUAUCUAAAGAUGUUUGCGUUCCUGUGGUUAUACUUCGUCAUUCUCUCCUGUUUUGGCGUGGCCAUGUUGCUCUCGUGCCUGGUGAUCUAUUCCUCCGCCUCCGCCAAGUCCCACCUUCUGCGGAAACAGGGGAAUCUGUCCAUUGACAAUGUUGAUGCUCUUAUAACGAAACUGGAGACUGGGGACUUCUUCCUCCUGUAUCUUCUCAGUAAAAACGUGGAUUUCCAUGUGUUCGGUAUCCUGAUUGAGGACUUAUCUGCCAGAGUUAUGGGCCGCAAGGGUGCGGGGAUCUAUCCAGAGCUAGAGGAUAAGGCCACGGACAUCACUCCAGUUUAAUUUUUUUGACAACAAAAUACAUGUAGAGACACAUGCGUGCGCUCGCAAGCACACACAUAAUAGUUGAUUUCAUAAAUACUGGGAUACAGUUUUGGAAAAGGAAGGGCACCUACUCUUUUCGAACUCCUCAAAGGAGAUAUUUUUCGUGGGUUUCCCUCUAUUAAAUUUAAACCUUUUCUCUCUUUUCUUUGAAAUGCAAUCACCGCUAUAGUAGUUACCAUUAUUGUUGAUAUGACUUCCUCAUACCAUGUAAAUGAGGAAAGGGUUUUAGUACCCUUUGCUCGAAGGAGCGACGGACGGAAAAUAUGCCUAAUAAAGCUUGAAUUUUGACCAUCUUGCCUCAGCAAAUACGUUUCCAUUCGUUGGCCACGAAAGCUCAGGGAUUGGGGAUGGCGAUUUUUAGUCUCUUAGUGUCUGUGUAGCACAUCUUUAUAUAAAUGAUAAUAAAGAAUGAUUAUCCAU